CGCAGGUCCCCAGCACAUCUGGGCGAGAGCGGCGCCGCUGGGGCCGAGGGGGCCCGGCGAGCGCAGAGCCCGAGCGGCGGAGCCACCGCGCAGCUGGGGCCCUUCGAGGAGCUCGGGGCGCGCAGGUGGGACUUCGAGGAGGGCCCGCACGACACGCAGCUGGAGCCGAGGAGGGGGCGGCGGCUGCACAGCUGGAUCGAAGGGGGCGGGGUCGGUCUUGGGCGACGGGCUGAGCCGAGGGCCGGGAGCCGCCGGCGAUCGGAGCAUGGGACGGCGCGCCUGAAGGCGCAGGAAGGGGACCACGGGGCCUGGGGCCCCGAAAGGAGAGGAAGACAGAAAGGAGGAAGAUGCAACUGACCCGCUGCUGCUUCGUGUUCCUACUGCAAGGCAGCCUGUAUCUGGUCAUCUGUGGCCAGGAUGAUGGCUCCCCUGGCUCGGAAGACCCUGAACCUGACAACCACGAGGGCCAUUCCCGGUCCCGGGUUCCUAGGAAACGGGGCCACAUCUCACCCAAGUCCCGCCCUGUGGCCAGCUCCACGCUUCUAGGGCUCCUGGCUCCACCAGGAGAAACCUGGGGGGUUCUCGGGCAGCCCCCCAACCGCAGCCCCUCGCCCUCGGCCAAGGUGAAGAAAAUAUUUGGCUGGGGAGACUUCUAUUCCAACAUUAAGACGGUGGCCCUGAACCUACUGGUCACAGGGAAGAUCGUGGACCACGGCAACGGGACCUUCAGCGUCCACUUCCGCCACAACGCCACGGGCCAGGGCAACAUCUCCAUCAGUCUUGUGCCCCCCAGCAAAGCCGUGGAGUUCCACCAAGAGCAGCAGAUCUUCAUCGAAGCCAAGGCCUCCAAGAUCUUCAACUGCCGGAUGGAGUGGGAGAAGGUGGAACGGGGCCGCAGAACCUCGCUCUGCACCCACGAUCCAGCCAAGACCUGUUCCCGAGACCACGCCCAGAGCUCAGCCACGUGGAGCUGCUCCCAACCCUUCAAGGUCGUGUGUGUUUACAUUGCCUUCUAUAGCACGGACUAUCGGCUGGUCCAGAAGGUGUGCCCAGAUUACAACUACCACAGUGACUCCCCCUACUAUCCCUCGGGGUGAGCCCGGGCACGACUGAGAGGACGGGCCUGCCCCUCCAACCCCCAUGCAGGAGGAGGCCAUCCAUCUGUCCGGACACUGGGCAGGGCAGGGCUGCAGGCAGACAGGCAAGGAAGGGAGUGGAAGAAGGAGCUGCCGAGCAAGUGCUGCCCAGGCCGAGUCUCCAGUGUCAAGGAAGGGGUCCCCAGCACUGGCCACAGCCUGGACUGUGAGCACCUGGAGUAUGGGAGCACUGGCAGGGGAGCAGGCUCCCUGGGCAGCCUCACAGGUGCUGGUGUCCCAAGUCCCCUGGUCAGGCAGAGUCAGAGAGAGCAGCCCACACCCCCCGGGUGCCCUCCCACCAUCCUAGACAAGUAUAGUGUCAGGAAGGGGGCAUUGCAACCUAGUGGAUGUCAGGUGGGUCAUAUGAGUGUCCAGGGCUGAAACAGGGAUUCCCAAGAAACAAGGUGGGGAGUGUGGGAUUGGACGCUCAU